CACGCAUCUGUCCAUGUCUUGUCUGUUUUUCAGAUGACUGUCAAUCAACCUCAUGAACUGCAAAUAUGAGAGCGUUCGACGUGCAGCGCGUAGGUAUGGUCUGAAAGAAGUGCUUGAUGGCGAGGACUGGACUCUAUACUGGACAGACCUAUCAGUCUCUCUGGAGCGCCUUAUGGACAUGAAAAUUUAUCAGAAGAUCAACCACUUUCCUGGCAUGAGUGAGAUCUGUAGGAAAGACAUGUUGGCACGCAAUAUGAAUCGAAUGUUGAAGCAUUUUCCCAAAGAGUACAGCAUCUUUCCAAAGACCUGGUGCUUACCAGCCGAUUACAGUGACUUUCAAGCCUACAGUAGGGCCAAAAAGCAAAAGACAUACAUCUGCAAACCUGACACAGGUUGCCAAGGCCGUGGGAUUUUUCUCACCAAAUGCAGGAGGGAUAUUGCCCCUGGACAGCACAUGAUCUGCCAGGUCUACAUUUCCAGGCCAUUUCUCAUUGAUGGCUUCAAGUUUGACCUGCGUAUCUAUGUCCUGGUGACAUCGAUUGACCCUUUGCGGGUAUUUCUUUAUGAGGAAGGCCUAGCUCGCUUCUGCACCAGCCAGUACUGCUACCCCAACCACAGCAACAUGCAUGAUGUUUGCAUGCACUUGACUAACUAUGCAAUCAACAAAAACAGUGAGAACUUUGUGCGAGAUGACAAUGCAGGUAGCAAAAGGAAACUGUCUACACUGAGGCGCCUGCUGGAAGAGAUGAACUGUGACACAGUGAAGCUAUGGGCAGAUAUUGAAGAUGUGGUGAUUAAAGCACUGAUCUCAGCGCAGUCCCUACUUCGUCACAACUACCACACCUGCUUCCCCCGGCAUGCAGCUAACCCAGCUGGGGCCUGCUUUGAGCUGCUGGGCUUCGACGUAAUGCUGGACCAUCGCCUUAAACCAUGGCUAUUGGAGGUGAACCACUCACCCAGCUUCACCACAGACUCGCGGCUCGACAGGGAGGUGAAGGAUGAGCUACUAUAUGACACUCUGGUUCUGGUCAAUCUAGGAGCCUGUGACAGGCAAAAGGCCAGUGAACAGGAGAGACGUCACAUACAGAAGAGGCUUCAGCAGGCCUCCAAAGAGGACCGGAGCAGAGACCAGCAGGAACUACAAGCGCGCAGAAUGGAACAAGCCUACAGGUAUGAAGAUGAGCACCUGGGAGGCUUCCGAAGGAUCCUCCCCCGCCAAGACAGUGCGGACUAUGACAAGUACCUCAAACACUGCUGCUCGCUUUUCCAGGAGACUGCUGCCUCUCGGGCUCGAGAGAAAUGUACAAGGCAGCAGCUGCAGGAACUGCAGGAGAAGCAGGGACAGGGAAAGAGACAUAAACUGGGCCUACAGGGAGAGUCUGCUGGAGAGAAAGGGAAACCCUAUCACAGUUGUUCAAAAUCCAUGCGCUCUGACACAAGCUGCCGCUCUCACUUCUUCCCAGGUUUGACUCUACACAUGCCCAGAGGCCCAGCAGCCACAAAGGAACAGCAGGGGCUUGAUGCUGAAGAGGAGAUGGAGACGCAGCAUGGGCUGCAGCAUAGAGCCGGUUUACUCAGGAACUUGGAUAUAGUGGAACAGGCCUGUCAGCUCCUGAGUGGCAUCCCGUCAUUAAGAAAGGGACCAGCAGUUACUGUCAAGGAAGACCAAAAACGAUCAGCAAAUCACUUACCAGCUAAGCUGGAGUCAUUGGGGCACCACUGUGUGAAUAGUGGGAAGAAGACUGCGGCGUUAACACAACCAGCGCCAGAUACCAAACAGCAGCUGUGGCCAGUACCACACCCUGCACUGUCCCAGGAGGCAGCCUGGCAGAGAGCCUGCACACAGCAGGGUGCAUUGCAUGAUGUGAAGUGCGGACCAGUUUCUGCCUCCAAGCCUGAAUGGCAAGCACUGUUUCCAACUAGUGCCUCAGUUAGACAGCUGGGCCUCUAUGGCAAAAACACUGUCUGUGCCUUGGCAGAGAUGAGGAUGUUUGGCUAUUUCUACAGCUCUUUGCAGCCUCCCUUCUGUAGGCCUCCCUACCCUGAGAAGCCUCAAUCACACCCAGAGCUUCAGACUGUGGAGCAGCUGUUGUCCAGACUAUGA